UGGAGACCAGCCUCCUUCUCUUCCUCCCUCUCCCCUCCUUCCCUUCCUCCUCCUCCUCCAACGUCACAUUGUGGAGAGACAAAACCCCGGGCGCGCCCGAGCGCACAGCACAGGCGCACGCACGGAGCCCGGUCCUGGUCCCGUCUCCCCAGCCUGACCCGCUCAGCCCAGCUCCACUCCCGGGCCUGGGGCCACCAGCUCCCCGCGCAGCCACAGCCAGACCCUCGGCAGCCAGGACGGCCUGGGUGGGGCCCCCCAGCCUGCUCUCUCUGCCCCACCCGCCCCGGCCUCCCGGCCUGAACCCCAGCUCACGCACCCCAGCCCUCCCAGGGCGCGCCCCGGCCGGGAAGCCUCGUUUCAGCACUUCGGACAGCGCCCGGGAGCGGGCUGCGGGGCCAUGGCGAGUGUACAGCAGGGCGAGAAGCAGCUCUUCGAGAAGUUCUGGCGAGGAACCUUCAAAGCCGUGGCCACCCCGCGUCCCGAGAGCAUCAUCGUCGCCAGCAUCACAGCCCGCAAGCCGCUGCCAAGGACAGAACCUCAGAGCAGCCUCAUGGCUCCAGCUCAGGAUGGAGCCUUGGAAAAACUGAGUCAGCCUCUGGCCAGCGAGGCCUCGAGCACCCACAGCUGGGAGAGAGACAAGGCCUGCCGGGAACUCAGUCCCACCAGAGCACGGAGUGCCUCUCGUGACAGAGACCCGACCCCACCACCUUCCUCCAGGGGGAAGAAAAAAAAGAAGAAAUCCACCCGGAAGAAAAGAAGGCGGUCCCCGUCCUACAGCCCAUCGCCUGUCAAGAAAAAGAAGAAGAAAGGGUCCAAGAAACAGAAGAGACGCAGGUCGUUCUCCAAGAAGAGAAGGCACAGUUCCUCUAGCCCCAAAAGCAAACGGAAGGAAGAGAAGAGACACAAAAAACAGUCUAGAGGUCGGCCCCGGAAGUCCCACCGCCACAGCCACCACCACCGCUGUCCCUCCAGGUCCCAGAGCUCUGAAUCCCGCUCCUCCAGCUGGGAAAGCAGGCACCGCGGCCGUUCCCCUGAGGAGAGGCGGAAGUCCCGCCGAAGACACUCUGGCCGCUGCUCCAAGACCCUCUACAAGGCCAGCCCCAAAGCCCGGUCCAGCCGCCCACCCAGCCAGCCCCUCCAGCUCAGCCUCCUGUCGGCCAGGAGUGUAAUCUCUGGGUCGGGGUCUGCCGCUGACCUCUUUACCAAAACAGCCAGUCCACUGGACGCCUCUCGAGGAAGAUCCCAGGAGUAUGACUCAGGCAAUGACACCUCCUCGCCACCCUCCACGCAGAUCAGUCUGGCCAGGUCGAGGGGCCAGGAGAAGGGGAGCCCCCGGGGGGACCUCAGCAAGAGCCAGGAACUCAACAGUGGCAACACUUCGGAUUCUGGGAACUCCUUCACCACCUCCUCACCGCAGAACAAAGGGGCCACAUUGGAGAACCUCUCCCCCACCAGCAGAGGCAGAGAGUCCAGAGGAUUCCAGUCGCCCUGUCUGGAAUGCGGGGAGGUGAAGAAGUCCAGCAGAUCCGCCCGCAGCUCCCCCAUGAGAAGGUGCUCUCGCAGUUCCUCAUAUGCCAGCGACCGCUCCUCCAGCCACUUGUCUGGAUCCCCAGACUCCAGGGCCUCCCCCAGGUACAGCCGAAGCAGAUCCACCUCCCCUGGGAAGAGGUCCUACUCACGCUCACCCAGCUACUCCUCCAAGUCUGGCAAGAGGAGCCCGCCCAGCAGAAGCUCCAGGUCCCGGCGCAGCCCCAGCUACUCCCGCUACAGCCCCAGCAGGGAGCGGGACCCCAAGUAUAGUGAGAAGGACUCGCAGCAGCGGGCGCGCCGGAGACGCCGGUCCUACUCGCCCAUGCGGAAGCGCAGGAGGGACUCCCCGAGCCACCUGGAGGCGCGGAGGAUCACCAGCGCCCGCAAGCGCCCCAUCCCCUACUACCGGCCCAGCCCCUCAUCGUCCAGCGGCCUCAGCAGCCCCUCCUCCUGGUACAGCAGCAGCAGUCGCCGCUUGACCAGUCGCAGCUACUCCCGCAGCCGCAGCCGCAGCCGCAGCCGCAGCCGCAGCCGGACCCGCUCCAGCUCCAGCUCCAGCUCCCGCAGCCCCAGCCCAGCCUCCCGCAGCCGCAGCCGCAGCCACAGCCGCAGCCGCAGCUGCAGCUACAGCUCAGCAGACAGCUACUCCAGCAGCGCCAGGCGCUAAGGGGGCGCCCUCCAGCCCGCUGCGCCCUGGGAGACCCCCUCACCCCGAGCCCUGCCCACCACCCUGCCUUCUCCUUGGGGACAGACACUGAGGGCUCCCCGACCCCCGUGGGGAGAAGGGAAAAAAGGAGGUGCAGGGAGGCCUCCACCAGCACAUCCUGGGGCUCAGCUCACACUGGGGUGUGUGUGAGAGCUGCCCUCUGUGGCCCAGAGAAAUGUCAAGGCUUCCCAUGAUUCAGAGGCCAGGUGUCUCUCUCCUGGGUCAGGAGAAUGUCCACCCGCCGUGCUGACCAUUGCUCAAGGGGCCUGCUGGAGUUAGGGACAGUAGGGCGCUCAGUAAAGAAGCUGCUGGGGUCACUCCCCCAGUCUCUGCCCAAUGGGCUUCAGCCCCCAAGGCCACCUGGCAGCUUAGACGAGGACCCUCCCUGAGUUGUCUCCCUGAGGAAGGACACACGGGACCAUCGAUGGUCGGGCAGCUGGGUCCACCACCCACUUCCCAAGUUGCUUGGGCAUCCACUGCAUCCCCCAGGGCCAUCUGCUGGACACUCCCCAGAGCCAGGGCCAGUGGCCAUUCCUCAGCGCCAGGCAGUCUGGCCUCGCCCUGGGGUGGCACCCACAAGCCCCCUCCCCACAGCCCAGCUGCCACGCCCUGGACCCUCUCCAGUGCCGCCCACUAGCACCCCCACUGCCUCUCAGGAAUCAUGCCAGGGUGGGUCACAAUCGAUCAGAUUAGGCGUGGGGUGAAGCCCAAAUUCACAAGAGUCUGGGUGUGUGUCUGGGGGGAGGGGUUGGUUGCUCCAUCCUUUGGGCUCCCCUGGCUUUUGGGGGCUUGUUGGCAGCUUGGAGAAGCCCCACCUUCAUUCUUGCCCAGGGUUGGGCAGAGGGGGUAAGCUGAUCCCUGCCACUCAGCUGCCACCAGCUGCUCCGCUGGUAACUGGGGCGCUGGGGAGAAGAGCCUUAAAAUAGACUUGGGCAUCCCCCUCACCAGCUGACUGGCUUUCCUUCCCGAUGGGGCCGAUGGUGUGAUGGUCUCUGGAUGGACAGGGCCCGGGGCGCAGUCUGGUCUCCAUCUCCAUCCUUCACAAGACCCCCCCCCCAGGUCAUCUGGGGGAGACCCUACUGCUUGGAAUUCUUGAAAACAGCGACCCCCGUCUCCUCCACCACUGGCUUCUCCAUCACAUCAGCCGGAGGAAUCGGAAACCACCCCACCCCCACCAAAAAAAUAAGUCCUUCUUCCACCUGAGAGCUGGUGAGAGUUGACCCACUGGCAGCAGCUGUAAAUAACCCUCCUCCCACCCGGGAAGCCACACCUGACCGAGCUCGAUCUCCCCGGAGACCCAGGAAGGAGACCGCCUUGAACCACAGAACCUCCAAAAUGGAGGGAAGGGAGAGAGGCCCAGGACUCCACCUCACCCCAGACUGCCUUCCUUCAAGCAACUCUAGGAGACUCUGUUUUGUUUAUUUUUUCCCAGUGCGUAGCAAGCCUCUUAUUUUAUUUAUUUAUGUCUAUUUAUUUAUUUAUUUAUUUAUGUAAUGGCUGUCUUUCUCUCUGUUGCCAUUAGCAGUAUUCAGCUAUUUAUUUAUUUAUGGGGUGUAUGUGUGUGUGUAUGUGAGUUGGGGGUGGGAGGUUUCUUAAUUAUUUUUUUUUCUCUCUCCCUCUUCCUACUGCCUCCGUGGAUAAGAUUUGAGAAGGCGGGGAUAUUAGUUUUUGUUCUGAAGGUUAGACCCAUGGAGGCCUAAAGCUGGAACAUUCUAGGGAGAGGUGACUCAGAAGCACUCAAAGCCCAUGGUCCAGGUCUGCACCCCAGGUUCCGGGCCACCAAGGGCCUUGUGAGCUAAGCUCCUAGACUAAAGUUAGCACAGGUAACAGUCUGCAAAGGGGCAUUUGCCCUUCAAGUCCUUUGGGAGGGGGGCACUGCUUUGCAUGGGGGGGGGGGUGGCAGAGAGGCGCGGUGGUGAGAACUGACACCUCCAACCACACCAAGCUUGUUCACCUGCUGGGAGAGGCACCCCACAGCCCUUUCUGAAGCAGGGAAUCGCUGUCUUGGGUUCACUGCCAGCUGACCUGGUCUCCAGUGGGGCUUGGCGAGGAAUUGCUGGAAACACCCUCGGCUGUCUCCCUGGCAAUGUGACUGCCCGGGGCUUCCGUGCCUGCUCGGGGACAUUUCUGUUCCUAUGUUUCUCUUAAGCCCCUUGACAUUUCCACCUGAAAACAGACCUCUGCUGAUUUCACCCUUGGAAGCUUCUCCUUCCAAGGAACCAGACAGGUCCCCUGUAGCUCACUCAGGUAAGAGGCACCACUGAAGGACCAGCAUCCCAAAUGGGAAGGGGCCAUGGCUUGAGGUCAACCCAUGAACUUUCCAGGUGAGUGGGCCCCAGCAAAUUGCCCCCUUACUCUGGGCCUAAGUUCCCACCUGUGGGAAGUGAAGCUGUUUUUUUUUAAUUGGAUCCAAAAUGUGAGCCCUGGGCCCUGGAAACACUUUCAAGACAGACUGAGCUUGUGGAGAACAAGCAGGGAGAAGCAAAGCCUUCAGCACUCCCUAGAAGGUUCUCGAUCACCAGAGAGAAGGGGAAGGCAGUUGCCCCCCUGAACUCUCUUUUGUGGCUUAAGAAGAGCUAACUGGCACCAGGAACAUUCUAGGUCACGCAGGUGGGACUGCAUCUUUACCUCUGUUUAUUUUUUUAAAUUUAUUUAUUAUUGAAUGCAGACAGAAAGAAAUUGAGAAGGGAGGGGGAGAUAGAGAGGGGAAGAGGCAGAGAGACCUGCAGCCCUGCUUCACCACUUGUGAAGCCUUCUCCCUGCAGGUAGGGACUGGGGGGUUGAACCUGGGUUCUUGAGAACUGUCAUGAAAGCGCUUAACUGUGUGUGGC